GCCGAGAGAUGGCAAAUCAGAGCCGCAAGUUAGUCAGCCGCGGAGGGUGGAGACAGCGGACUGGGCUGUUUCAGGAAGUGAUCUCCGAAGGAGCGGGCAAUGGGGGGGGUCACGUGAUUGGGAGGCGUUGAGGCUGGGUGAGUCCAAUCUAUUCACGGGUCGGGCCUUGGAUAUUUCCGAAAAUGCUUUAUUUCCGUAGGAAGAUAGUCAUCAGCCUUGUUUUGGGGGUUUGCCCCCGAGGAAAAGAGUGUGUAUAUGUAUCUAGCAGUGUGCUUGUUCUAGUAUUGCCCUCUGUCCAGUGUCGACUUGCGCUGCUGCCAGAGUAAAGGUCCAGAAAGUAAACGGAUUUGCCUCUUUCAAACCCGGUGGAAAAUAUCAAGUGCACAGAACACAGAACACGCUGCACGGAAUUCACUAGAGCAUCGGAACAGGAGUCCCGAGUACAAGAAGAAGCGACAACAGACAGCAAUACAGUAGGUGCAGCGAUGGCAAAAGCCGUUACCGAGUCGCAUCUGGAGGGCCAGCCAGACGUGCUGGUGAAGAACCAGAGGAGACUACUCUCGUUCCUCCUGUCAAAGAAAAUACCGCCAAUACCGUCGGCAGAAGAAAGAAAGCCGUACGGAGAGUUCCACGCCAACUACAUCUCGCGGAUGAUGUUCUGGUGGUUGAACCCGAUCAUGCGUGUCGGAUACAAGCGGACAAUCACCGACAACGAUUUGUUCUACCUCGACGAGUCGCAGAAGUCGGAGCAUCUCUACUCGAUCUUCAGGUCGCAUUUCGAGACGUGUGUGCAGAGAGAGAUCCACAAGUUUCUUCAGAAGAGGUGCAAGGAGAAGGGUACGGCGUACGACGCCUCCGCAGCGUACACCGACGAAGACAUCGAGGACUUUGUUAUACCGACGUACGUGAUCCCGUACUGCUUGUACAAGACCCUCAUGCGGCAGUACAACACGGGUAUCUUCUACAAGGUCAUUGCCGACGUGGCCAACUCCACCACCCCGUUACUACAGAAGAAGCUUGUUUCCUUCGUGGAGAUCAAAGGGUUUUUCCCCGACACGUAUGUCGGCAAAGGUGUUGGUUACGCCGUCGGGUGUUGUCUCUUGAUCUUCAUCUCCUCGCUCACCAUCAACCACUCCUUCUACCAUCUACAGCUCUCCGGCGCCAUGUCGAGGUCCAUGUUGACGCGCCUAAUGCUCGACAAGGCGUUGUCGGUGGAUGCUAAGGGAAACCAUCUGUUUGCUGCCAGUAAAGUCCAGAGUAUGAUAAGCACAGACUUGAACCGUAUAGACUUGGCCAUCGGAUUCUUCCCCUUCCUCCUCACAACCUUUGUCCCCGUCGCAAUAUGUAUCGGUUUGUUGAUUUGGAAUAUCGGACCCUCCGCCUUGGUCGGUAUCGGUAUCUUCAUUGUGAUUGUCCUUUUCUUGGGAUCUUGUCUCAAGCAGUUGAUGACCAUCAGAAAGAAGGCUUCCAAAUUUACCGAUAGAAGAGUCAAUCUAAUGAAAGAAUUGUUGAAGAACUACAAGAUGAUCAAAUUUUACAGUUGGGAAGCGUCUUACAGCGACAGGAUUCACGAUGCCAGAUUUUCGGAAAUGAAGCAUCUCCUCACCUUGCAGUCCUUGAGAAACGUUCUUACCUCCCUGGCCUUUGCAAUGCCCAUUCUUGCGUCAAUGGCCACAUUCUGUACGGCAUACGACGUGACCUCGUCAAGGUCUGCGGCAGACAUUUUUUCCUCCCUUUCUUUGUUCCAAGUAUUGGCUAUCCAAUUCAUGCUUGUGCCCAUGGCAUUGACCAUGACGGCUGAUUUGGUUGUGAGUGUGAAAAAAAUGAACAAGUUUCUCACUUGCAAAGACCAAGAUCCAAACCAGUUCAUGAUUGAAUCUUUCAAAGAUGACAAGCUGGCCCUCAAAAUCGAGGAUGGUGAUUUUGAGUGGGAUACAUUCGAUGACGAUGAGCCUGAAGAUGAUGCAGCCAAGAAUGGUGAUCCGGAGACGCAUGAGAGUGGAGGUAACGCUGGGUCUUUGCACGAAAAAGGUUAUGAUGACUCCAGCAAUGAGAAGCACGAUUCUCCGACUGCUGAUCUCUCGUCCUUGGUAAUGACUGACAUUGAAAGUGAAGACAAGGCAUUCAACGACAAGGUCAGUCUUCCGGAGAUAGAUUCUCCUGAAGUGAAGAAAACCUCUUUUGCUGGGCUCCAUAAUAUCAACCUCGAAAUCAAUAAAGGUGAGUUUAUUGUUGUAACAGGCUCGAUUGGCUCUGGCAAGUCAUCUCUACUGGAUGCAAUGGCUGGUCUGAUGAAAAAGACCAACGGUAAAGUUCUUGCUGAUGGUGAGCUUCUAUUAUGUGGUUAUCCAUGGGUCCAAAAUGCCACCAUUCGGGAUAAUAUCAUCUUUGGGCUACCUUAUAACGAGAAGAAAUAUUAUGAAGUUGUCUCAGCUUGCUCUCUUUUGAACGAUUUUGAUCAAUUUACCGGUGGUGAUAUGACUGAAGUUGGUGAAAGAGGUAUCACACUAUCUGGUGGUCAAAAAGCCAGAAUCAAUUUGGCAAGAGCAAUAUAUGCAGAUAAAGACAUAAUACUUUUGGAUGAUGUUUUGAGUGCCGUUGACGCAAAAGUCGGUCGACACAUUGUCAAUGAGUGUAUUCUUGGUUUGCUAAAGCAUAAAACAAGAAUUAUGGCCACGCAUCAAUUGAGUUUGAUUGAGUCCGCCAACAGAAUGAUCUUCAUGAACGGAGAUGGUUCCAUCGAUGUUGGUACAACCAAUGAACUGAGAGAAAGAAAUGUGAAGCUUCAAGGAUUACUGAAUUUCCAGCAGGAGGGUGUUGAGGAAAAGGCCUCAGAAGAUGCUGAGGCAGAAUUUGUAGCUGACUCCCAGCAAGAACAAGUUGAGAAAGAAAAUGAAAAGGAGCAAGAAAUUAACAUACAGUUGGAAAAGAGUCGGACAACACAGAGAGGUGAAGGUGAACACAUUGUCGAAAAGGACGUUGUUAGAAUUGUUGGUGAUGAAGAAAGGGCUGUCAAUGCUCUUGAUUUCUCUGUCUAUCUUGAUUACUGCAAACUUGCAUUCGGCAAAUAUCCAAUUUUGGCUCCAACAAUUUUUGUCGCCUUUGCUAUAAUCAAUACGUUCUGCAAUUACUUUACCAAUACUUGGUUGUCAUUCUGGACCGAACAGAAAUUUUCUGGAAGAUCAACCUCCUUCUACAUGGGUAUCUACAUUAUGUUUUCAUUUUUGUAUACAUUCACGUUGGCAUUUUUUUUCUACCUCAUUUGUUAUUUCACUAACAAUGCAUCUCGAAUGUUGAACUUCAAAGCUUCUCAAAAAAUAUUACAUGUCCCAAUGUCAUUUAUGGAUGUCUCACCUAUCGGAAGAGUUUUGAACAGAUUCACUAAGGACACUGAUGUUUUGGAUAAUGAAAUCGUUGAACAACUUCGACAGUUUAUUAACCCAUUCUGUAGUGUGGUUGGUACUAUUAUUUUGUGUAUUAUCUACAUCCCAUGGUUUGCUAUUGCGGUUCCUCUUAUUAUCAUUUUCUAUGUUGUUGUUGCUAAUUAUUAUCAAGCAAGUGCCAGAGAAAUCAAAAGACUCGAGGCUAUCAAGAGAUCGUUGGUGUAUUCACAUUUCAAUGAAGCCUUAUCUGGUAAGGAUACUAUUAAGGCUUAUCGUAUUCAAACAGAAGUGAAGGAAAAAUUAGAUGUGUUGAUGGAUAACCAAAAUGAAGCGUACUUCUUAACUUUGGUCAAUCAAAGAUGGUUAGGGGCUAAUUUAUCCGUUUUGGCAUUUUGCAUUGUAUUCAUAAUUGCCAUGUUGUGUGUCUUUUCCGUGUUCAGUAUCAGUCCUGCAUCAACCGGUUUACUUUUGACAUAUGUGAUAAAUUUAACUGGUACAAUGACCAUGAUGAUGAGAUCGCUAACACAGGUUGAAAACGAGUUCAACUCCGUGGAGAGAUUGGAUCAUUAUGCAUUCCAUCUUGUGCAAGAAAAAGCCUACGAGAUUCCAGAAAAUGAUCCUGAUCCAAGCUGGCCACAACAUGGUGAAAUCACUUUUGAAAAUGUAUCCAUGAAGUAUAGACCAGAAUUACCGUAUGUUUUGUCAAAUUUGAAUAUGCAUAUCAAGAAGAACGAGAAAAUUGGUUUUUGCGGUCGUACUGGUGCUGGUAAGUCCACCUUCAUGACUUGUUUAUACAGACUGACAGAAUUUGAGGGUGACAUUGCUAUCGAUGGUGUUGACAUCAAGACUUUAGGACUACAUACCUUGAGAAGUAAGUUAACAAUUAUUCCACAAGACCCAGUUCUUUUCGUGGGUACCAUUAGAGAAAAUCUAGAUCCUUUCCUUGAACAUUCAGAUGAAAAAUUGUGGGAUGCUCUGUGUACCGCUGGUUUGAUAGCAAGAGAUGUUUUACCUGUUGUAAAGCAGCAAUCGAAGGAUGAUGAAAACCUACAUAAAUUUCAUUUGACUAGAGUGGUGGAAGAUGAUGGUACGAAUUUCUCCAUUGGUGAGAGACAAUUGAUUGCAUUAGCGAGAGCAUUGGUCAGAAAGACCAAGAUCUUGAUUUUGGAUGAGGCGACAUCAAGUGUUGACUAUGAAACGGAUUCAAAGAUUCAAGUUACAAUCGCUUCACAAUUUAGUGAUUGUACUAUCUUGUGUGUUGCCCACAGAUUGAACACGAUUUUGAAUUACGAUCGUAUUGUGGUUCUGGAUGAAGGUAAAGUUAUAGAAUUCGAUUCCCCGAAAACCCUCUUUAUGAACAGCAACAGUCAUUUUAGAGCGAUGUGUGAUCAAGCAAAAAUCACCAUUGAAGAUUUCAACUAGCGUAGCAUAGUUUUAUGUUUUAAUAUUUAUCUAUUUUUUAUACAUUCGACUUUUGACUUAAUCAUAUUAUUCAUUUUAUCUCGGUA